AUGUCAGCUAAUUACACAUUCAAAUGGCCAGCCGGUCCUCAAGAAGUAAUUGUUACAGGUACUUUUGACAAUUGGUCUAAAUCUUUACCAUUAGUCAAACAAGUUGAUGGAUCUCAUUCCCUUGAAGUUCCAUUGCCACCAAGUCAUGAAAGAAUCUUGUAUAAAUAUGUUGUUGAUGGAGAAUGGAAAGUUAAUGGAGAAGAAAAAAUCGGUCAAGAUGAUGCAGGAAUUGAUAAUAAUGUCUUGGAAACUGAAGAUAUUAAACAAUUACAAACCCUUCCAUCUAAAAUCAUCCCAGAAUCGGGAUUGUCAAUUAGUGAUGAAUUAGAAACAACCGUCAUGCCAAAGGAAGAUUUAAAACAACCAACUAUUGCUGGAGAACCAGGAAUUCAAAUCCCAACUGACCCACAAGCUUUAGCUGCAUUCACUGAAGUUAGAAAUGUUGAUCCAAAGACUUUAAAUGAACCAGAAGAAGCCGCCGCCCAACCAAGUCUUUCUGCUUCUGCUAGUGAAGUUGAUACUUCUAAUAUGACCCCAGAAGAAAGAAAGAAAUAUAAGAAGAAAGUCAAGAGAACUCAAUAUAAGGCAAAGAAGAAGAAGGCUGUCGCUGCUCAAACUGCUGCUACCGUAGCCACUGGAGGUGCAGCCGCUGAAGGGACUUCCUCAGGUACUUCUGAAGGAACUUCUGAAGGAACUUCUUCUGGUACUUCAUCCGAUGAAGAUGACGGAGAAGCUGUAGCAGCAGCAACUGCAGCUACUACCGCUCCAGAAGCCGAAGAACCACAAGCUAAAGAAGAUAAAGAAGCCGUAGCAGCAGCUACUGCAGCUACUACCGCUCCAAAAACCGAAGAGCCACAACAUAAGGAAGUUGAAGAAACAGGAGCUGCUGCUGCCGCUGCCGCCGCUGCCCUUGCCGGCGCAGCAGCAGUGAAAGAAUCCGUAACUGCUCCAGCUGCUGUUCAACCAGAACCAGUCGCUCCCACCGUUGAAGCAGCUAAAGAAGUUGUACCAGAAGCACAAUCAGAACCAAUAGUUGAAGAAGUCAAGGAAGUUAAACAAGAAGUUACCAAGACCGAUGUAUCUGAAGAACCAAAGACUUUAGAUCCAAAAGCAUCUGCUGGUGAAGCUACCGAAGUGGAUGCUUCUCCAGUAGUUAAGGAACCUAAAGCUGCUGCAGGUGAAGAAGAAGAAGAAAUUCUCGUUGCUCAAGGGUCCAAGAAGGAUAUUGAAGCUGUUGCUGCUGCUGUUUCUGGAACUGGCGCUAAAGAAGCAACUGAGGGUCAAAAGGAAGAUAUAGUUAAGAAUGUUGAAGAAGCUGUUAAUGGAGAAGCAGAAGGUGCCAAGGAUAAUGUUAAGAAGGAAGUUACUGCUACAGCUGAAACUGCUACAACUACUGUCAAGCAAACUACCAAGAAGGCUACUGAGGAUGCUAGCAAAGGAAAGACUGAAGAAAAGAAGAAGGGUGGAUUCAGAAAGUUCUUAAAGAAGAUCUUUUCUUAA